GUUACUGUUUUAUUAUACGAGAGCGUUUAGAAUAGGUAGGUCGGGCAUAUAUGCAUCACACGAUAGUCUCAGCAGUCUACUCACCUCACCACAGCUCCGCCACUCGCUAAAUCUCCCAACUCCAUCGGGCCGACCUACACACCCCCGCUUGCACUCAUGUUUGGUCAAGACCACUUCGCGCCCCACUCUUCGCGGAAGUUCGAGGGGUACUACACCCGCACGGAGACAGAAGACGGCGCGACGAUCGCAGUCAUCUUCUGCUGGAUCAAGCGCGCCAAGCACCGCCCCAACCUCGUCCUCGUCCUCUACUCACCCCCGCCCCAAAGACCCGAUGGAAAACCGCCCUCCAUACCCGCAUUCAAGUACCAGUUCUUCCCAGACACCCUCGACGUGCUCGUCGGGGCGCACACCCCCGGCCAGCCGCAGACCUUCACCAUCACCGCCCCCGGCAUCGGCGCCAUGAAAGUAAGCCCAACGACGAUCGAAUACGACAUCACCGUGCCCGCCCACGCCCUCCGCCUGCACCUCCUUCUCACCGCGCACACCGCCUGGGCGCGCGCGGCCCCGCUCGCCGGGCCCAUGGGCGCGCUCCUCCUCCCCCUCUCGCGCCUCCUCCCGCUCUGCUGGCACGUGCGCUCCACGCGCAGCGCCGCCGCGUACACGCUCGCACAUGGGGACUCCCCCUCCCAGACCCAGACGAUCAGCGGGACCGGGCGCGCGCACCCGGAGAAGAACUGGGGCACGGCGUUCCCUGCGGGCUGGGUGUGGGCGCAGGCGUUUGGGGCGGACGCGGAUGGGGCGCGCGCGCUGUGCCUCGCUGGGGGGGCCGCGCUGCCCGGGGUGCCGCUGCAGGCGUACCUCGUCGGGUACCGCUCGCCCAGGUGCGCGGACUGGGACUUCCGGCCGCCGUUUGCGCUCGGGCUUGGGUGGCUGUCGCCUUUUAUGUGGGCGAGGCAUGAUAGUCGGGCUGGGGAGGUCGAGCUGGACGUCGCGUCGUGGACGAGGCGGCUGAGGGUGCGCAUCGCGGCGCCGACGGAGAGCUUUGUGGGCGUGACGGCGCCGCUGAAGGACGGGCACGCGCUGGACUAUGGGUAUGAGAGCUUUCGGGCGACGGUGCGCGUAGAGGCGUGGACGCGCGCGUGGCCGUGGGCGAGCUGGGAGUUGGUUGAGGAGGCGGUAUUGGGGCAAAAUGCGGAUGGGGUCGCGUGCGGCGCGCUCGAGUUUGGAGGGGCGUUCUCGCACCUGGUCGACGCGUAGAGCGGGCCUCAUAUGGCGACGGAGAGCUGUGUCGAUAGCGCAGCAGUGCGGUGAGAACGCACCCUAGGACCGAGGAAGAGAAGCAGAGGGCGGCGCGCCGGGUUGAAGCCGACGUAAGGGGUCGUUACUUGUAGCUUGGGACGCUUCAAGGAGGGUAUUA